GAUGCAGCUGUGCAGAGCUUCUUGCGUCCCGUUGGCUGCAUCCUCCGUCAAUAACGAUGCGCUCGGUUCAGGAAUGGAGGUCUCUCAUCUAACAGCUGCACGGUUUGUCAGUGCUGGUGUUCAGUGAUUUAGGAGAUCAGGAACAAACAGAGGAUUCAGGGGAAUUCAUCCAAACAUGUACGGUUUUGUGAACCACGCUCUGGAGCUUCUGGUGCUGAGAAACUAUGGUCCAGAUGUGUGGGAGGACAUCAAGAGGGAGGCUCAGGUUGAUGUAGAAGGACAGUUUCUGGUCCGAAUUAUCUACGAAGAUGCAAAGACAUACGAUCUUGUGGCUGCUGCCAGCAAAGUACUAAAAAUGGAUGCUGGAGGCAUCUUGCAAAUGUUUGGGAAAAUGUUCUUUGAGUUCUGCCAGGAAUCUGGUUAUGACACGAUCCUCCGAGUGCUGGGCUCCAACGUCCGCGAAUUCUUACAAAAUCUGGACGCAUUGCAUGACCAUCUGGGCACCAUCUACCCCGGCAUGCGCGCUCCGUCCUUCCGCUGCACGGAUGCGGAGAAAGGGAACAACCUCAUUCUGCACUAUUACUCUGAGAGAGAGGGUCUUCAGGACAUCGUCAUUGGGAUCAUCAAGACUGUUGCGCAGCAGAUUCACGGAACUGAGAUUGAGAUGAAGGUCAUUCAGCAGAAGAGUGAAGAAUGUGAUCACAUUAAGUUCUUGAUUGAGGAGAAGGACUCGGAGGAGGAGGCGUUUUAUGAAGACCUGGAUGGUUUCGAGGAGAACGGGACUCAAGAGACACGGAUCAGUCCGUACACCUUCUGCAAGGCUUUCCCGUUCCACCUGAUGUUCGACAGGGAGCUCAUGCUCACACAGUGUGGCAAUGCCAUCUUCAGAGUUCUGCCGCAGCUGCAGCCUGGCGUCUGUAACCUGUCCUCAGUCUUUUCUCUGGUGCGGCCGCACAUAGACUUCAGUUUCCAUGGCAUCCUGUCUCACAUCAACACUGUCUUUGUGCUGCGGAGUAAGGAGGGCCUGUUGAACGUAGAGACCGCGGAGAGUGAAGAUGAACUCACAGGAACAGAGAUCAGCUGUCUCAGACUGAAGGGCCAGAUGAUCUCACUUCCUGAGACGGAGAACAUCCUUUUCCUGUGCUCACCGAGUGUUAUGAAUCUGGAUGACCUGACGAGGAGAGGUCUGUACCUGAGUGACAUUCCCCUUCAUGAUGCCACCCGUGACCUUGUGUUACUGGGGGAGCAGUUUCGUGAGGAGUAUAAGUUGACCCAGGAGCUGGAGAUCCUGACCGACCAUCUGCAGCACACGCUCCGGGCCCUGGAGGAUGAGAAGAAGAAGACAGACAGAUUGCUGUAUUCGGUUCUACCUCCGUCUGUCGCCAAUGAACUUCGGCACAAGCGGCCCGUGCCGGCUAAACGGUACGACAACGUGACCAUUCUGUUCAGCGGCAUCGUGGGGUUCAAUGCGUUCUGCAGCAAACACGCCUCAGCAGAGGGAGCCAUUAAAAUCGUCAAUCUGCUCAAUGACAUCUACACCAGAUUUGACAUUCUCACCGAUUCUCGCAAGAAUCCUUAUGUGUAUAAGGUGGAGACUGUUGGUGAUAAGUACAUGACCGUGAGUGGUCUUCCGGAGCCCUGCACCCAUCAUGCAAAGUCCAUCGGUCACCUGGCCCUGGACAUGAUGGAGAUCGCCGGACAGGUGAAAGUGGACGAGGAUCCUGUGAAGAUCACUAUUGGAAUCCACACAGGGGAGGUGGUCACAGGGGUCAUAGGUCAAAGAAUGCCCCGUUACUGCCUGUUUGGAAACACUGUCAACCUGACAAGUCGUACAGAGACCACAGGAGAGAAGGGAAAGAUAAAUGUGUCAGAGUACACAUACAGGUGUUUGCAGACGGUGGAAAACGCUGACCCUCAGUUUGAUUUGGAGUACAGAGGACCUGUGACCAUGAAAGGAAAGAAAGAGCCGAUGAAAGUGUGGUUUCUGUCACGUAAGACCUGAUGGACGCGCCGUCUGCCGUCUCUAGUGUGUUCAUGCACUAAUGUGUGUUCUCUCUGACAUCUCUGAAUAGAAACAUACUUUGCUUUCUUCAUAUUCUUCCGCUCUCAGACUAAGGAUGUUCUUUAGUGACCCCUGCAUAUUUAAAAUGAAUCACAGAUAAUGAUAAAAGGGUAUUACACAGCUGAUGGGAAACAAGCUCUACACAUUUCACACAGAAAUAUGAAAAUGACUGUCCAUUUGAUAUUAACGAUUCUACCCUUGAGA